ACUAGUCACUGGCUAUUACUUACGCAUCGAAAAGAUGGUGGAAAGUAUCAGUAAUUAUCGAUGCAUAAAGUUUAUCGAGUUUUAGAUUUUUGAUAAAAUAGUGCAUCGUACAUUUUAAAAGUUCAUUGAAAAGAUAAGAAUGGGUUCGAAUAAACGGCAUAAAACAGAGAAGAGCCGGGAUACUAAGAAGAAGCGGCACCGAAGCCGCUCACGUAGCUAUACGCCUGAACGCGAGAAAACGGAUAAGCACAGGCAUCAUAAAAAGCAUAGAAGAAAAGAACGCAAGGAUUAUGACAGUGAUGUUGAAAUAGUUAAUGCACCUCCUCCACCAAAAAUCUCUAAGUCAUCACAUCCAUCAACACCUCCACCUCCUGAAAUUUCCAAGCAGCAUAGUCCUUCGCCGGUCAAAGGUGGUGCAGCUCAGAGUUCUUUAUCCAUUGAAGAAACUAAUAAAUUACGAGCAAAAUUAGGUUUAAAACCAUUAGAGGUUGAUAGUACUUCAAAAGAUGAUCCUAAUAAGAUCAAAGAUGAUUUGGGAGAAUUUUACCACAAACCUGCUCCUGAUGUUAAUGAGAAGUUAAAGUCACAAAAAUUGAAGGAGAAAAUUGGUACUCAAAAGCAGAAAAGGCUUAUUGAAGCUAAUCUAGCAAAAAUAAAAAGCUUAGGGGAAUGUGAUUCUGAUGAUGAUGCUAAGGCUUGGAUUGAUAGAACCAGACGUUUGGUGGAAGAGAAGAAGAAGGCAGAAGAAAGGGCAAAAAUGUUAGAUCAGUUGGAUGAGGAAUUUGGUAUUGGAAAUUUAGUCAAGGAAGAAAUACACGCUGCUCGAAAUACAGCUUAUACCGAAAAAAAUUUAAAGGGUCUUAAAGUAGAGCAUGAUAUUGAAAAGUUUGAAGAAGGUAAAACAGUUAUUUUGACUUUAAAAGACCAGGAAGUAUUGAAAGACGACGACGACGUGCUCGUCAAUGUGAAUAUAACAGACGAAGAACGUUAUCAGCGUAAUAUUCUAAAUAAAACUAAGAAACCUGGUUAUGAUGCAUACGAUGACGAUAACUUUGAUGAAUUUGGUUUACCUAAGAAAAGUAUCUUAGACAAAUACGAUGAAGAAAUCGAAGGCGAGAAGAAAGAAUCUUUUGUAUUGGGAGCUAAUAAUAUCAAAGAUAAUAAGAGUAAACUCGAUUACGUUAAGCAGCGUUUAGCUAAUAAACGACUAGAAUCAUUGCAGCUAGCAGAGCCAAAACUAGCUAGUGAAUAUUUCAAUGAUCAAGAACUUGCAAAGUUUAAGAAACCGAAGAAAAAGGUUCGAAAAAUUAGGAAGAAAUUAAAAGCAGAGGACUUGAUUCCUGAAGAUAACGAUUACCUUCGCGACUUAGGUAGCAGGAGAAGUAAACGACCUAAGGAUGCAAAAGAUAACGACAGUUUAGACGUGGACGAUUUAGAAGCACCUCCUGAAGAUCUUAGCGGAGUAAAGUUGGAGGAAGAUGACAAAGAAGUAGAGCUUCAGUUGGCACUGAAAAAAGCUCAAAAAUUGAAAGAAUCACAUUUGGCAAAUAUCGAAAAAGUUGCUGAAACUGUAAAACAUGAACCCCUUAGUUCUGAGGAAAAUCAGUCUGGGAAUAUUGUUCUGAAUGCUACAGCAGAAUUUUGUAGAACUUUAGGAGACAUUCCAACGUAUGGACUUGCCGGAAACAGAGAAGAAAAUGGGCAGGAACUUAUGGAUUUCGAAAUGGAUGGAGUUAAAGAGGAACCACCGAUAAAUGAUGAAGAGGACGAUGGUCGUGGCGCCUGGAAUACUGUACAAUUAGAUGAAAGUAUAAUAGAGCCAGUAGCGAUGGAAGCUGCGAUUUUAGACGCGGAACCUUCGCUUGGACACGGUGUCGGUGGUGCAUUAAAAUUGGCAAUGAGUAAAGGUUAUUUGCAAAAAGAGGAUAGUAGUAGACCGUCUGCGUCUCGUUUCGCGCACUUACAGGCUCAGAAUUAUUCGAUAGAGGACAAAACUUACGGAGAUGACGAUAAGUUUGGCAGAAGAGAUCGAUUCAAUGGUCCAACUUCAGAAUUCAAGGAAAAAGAUGGUUUCAAACCUAACGUGAAAUUGGAGUACAUCGACGACGAUGGACAUGUUUUGAGUGCAAAGGAAGCUUUCAGAUAUCUUUCGCACAAGUUCCACGGAAAAGGUCCGGGGAAAAAUAAGGUUGAAAAGCGAAUGAAAAAGGCGGAACAAGAAGUCCUAAUGAAGCGUAUGUCUUCGACGGAUACACCUCUCGGAACGCUUAAUUUAUUACAAGCGAAGCAGAAGGAAACUCAAUCACCGUACAUAGUUCUCAGUGGAAGCAAACAGAUGCAAACGACUAGCAUAUCAAAGUCGAAGCAUUAAAGGUUUUAAGGCUAAGUUGAAUCAGAAUUGUAUAUAAUAUACAGGCGGGAAGAAAUCUUGUAUCAGUACAGUUUUUCAGAUAAAGUAACACAUUAAUCGUCGUAAAAUAAAGGCAUUGCACCUAUUUCUUGUUUUGUUAAAACUAAGUACAUGGUAAUAAAGUAACACUUAAGUAUGUGAA